AACCAAAAACGAAAACAAAAUCUUGAUGAGCUUAUUUAGAAACAGUUGAAGCAGAUGAAAAUAUGGUGUGUUUGGUCAAUCUGAGAGAGAUAACAGAAACGCCUAAGCCCAAGUUUUAGAGAGAGAAAGAGACAGGUUCUUGAAGAAACUGAUACCCACUUCUCCCUCUUCCACACGUCCUCUUUUCAAACACUGUUUCUAAAUAAAUAAAAUAAAAUAAACAAAAACAAAAACACAAACAUGCACACACUCUCUUUCUCUCUCUAAAUCUUGUUUUAUAUUCUAAAUUUCUUGUUCUCUCUGUCUCUCUGUCUCUCUCUCUCUCUCAUUUCUGAACGUGAAGAAAACUUUAUUGCUCUUCUGCGAAACUCAGCUUCAUUGAAAUUCUGGAAUUUGGAAUAUAUUUAUGAGAAGGGUCUCAAGUCUGAGUUUUCCACAGCUUUGAGGGUGCUAUUAAUUUUUGUGCCAAUUGGUAUAAAUGCCUCAGAGUUUGAGGAAACUGGGUAUGUGAGAUUAGUUACUUGGAAAACCCCAUGAUAAGGUUUGAUGAUGGGGUCCCUAAACAUGGAGAAGAAAUGGCUAUUUCCUCUUGUCAUGAGCUCUGUCCUGUGCAUAGUCCUUCUUGCCACUUCCUUGAACAUGGGUCUUAUCUCUUCACUACACACAAUCAAUUCAAUCUUUUCAAUUUUCCCUUCUCGCCUAUCAUCAAACCAAACAAGUCCAGUUUUUGCAGAAUCAAAGAUUUUACUAUCUCCACCGCCUCCUUCAAGACCGCCCAUUCCUAGAUUUGCUUAUUUAAUUUCUGGUUCCAAAGGUGAUUUGGACAAGUUGUGGAGAACUCUUAGAGCUUUAUACCAUCCCUUGAACCACUAUGUUGUUCAUUUGGAUCUCGAGUCACCAGCCGAGGAGAGGCUGCAGCUUGCUGCACGGUUGCAGAAUGAUACAAUUUUUGCUCAAGUUGGCAACGUAUACAUGAUUAACAAAGCUAAUAUGGUAACCUAUAGAGGACCAACUAUGGUAGCUAAUACUCUUCAUGCUUGUGCAAUUCUUCUUAAGAGGAGCAAGGAUUGGGAUUGGUUUAUCAACCUUAGUGCUUCAGAUUAUCCACUUGUGACUCAAGAUGAUCUUCUUUACACUUUUUCUACUUUGAGUCGGGAUCUGAAUUUCAUUGAGCAUACAAGCCAGCUUGGUUGGAAGGAGGAUAAACGAGCAAUGCCUCUGAUUGUAGACCCUGGUCUGUAUUUAAACACCAAAAAGGAUAUAUAUUGGGUAUCACCCAAGCGGACGCUGCCAACUGCGUUUAAAUUAUUUACUGGUUCAGCAUGGAUGGUCCUGUCACGCUCUUUUUCCGAGUACAUCAUUUGGGGCUGGGACAAUCUACCAAGGACGCUUCUGAUGUACUACACAAAUUUUGUAUCCUCACCUGAAGGCUAUUUUCAGACUGUUAUAUGUAACGAGCCAGAGUUUGCUAAGACAGCAGUCAACCAUGAUUUGCACUACAUUUCUUGGGAUAUUCCUCCCAAACAGCAUCCGCACACCCUUACAGUUAAUGACACUGCCAAGAUGAUUGCAAGCAGUGCUGCCUUUGCUCGAAAAUUCAAAAAAGACGACCCUGUCUUGGACAUAAUUGAUAAAGAUUUACUUCGUCGAAAGAAAGGGCGCUUUACACCUGGAGGUUGGUGUGCCGGAAGUCCUAAAUGUUCCCAGGUUGGGAACCCAACCAAGCUCAAACCAGGUCCAGGAGCACAAAGACUUCGCCGUCUUGUAGUUAGGCUAACCAUGUCAGCUCAGUUUGGUCAAUCUCAAUGUAAAUAGAUUUUAUGAACAAAUUCUUGCUUGCGGAUGGAAAAUAACAAAGGAAGAGAAUGAAAAAGAAGAGAAAUAGAGUUAUGUUUUCAAGCUGGACAAGGACUGGUUGGAAAUCUUAUUUUAAGGAAGAAAUCAUGAUUUUUAGUUGCAGCUUGACCUCAUCCUUCUAGGAACUGAGGCAAAUGUUAGUUGAGCAUAGAUACAAUCGCCACUACUGUUGAAAACUAAAAUUGGUCUUUGAUUACCUUCCUUUUGGUAGAUUUUAUGUUGCAAUUAAUAAUAAUAUUAUAAUUUUCUAUAGUA